CCAUGCACAUGUGACACCGUGUCGUCCCCGCACAAGGGCAGACUAACGCCCGAGAGCUGCUUGUAAGCCGCCGUACGAUUUGACGGAUACUUUGCUUUUGCCUGCCGAUUGCGUGUGCAACGCGCGAGAUUCGUGGGUUGUAGGGUGAAGCUACAAUCGAUAAGCGGGGAUCUACAACGGCCGCUACUGAGAGCUACGCCUUUUAUGCAAGGGCCCACCGCGUCGGACAAACCACAGCAACGCAACUUCAACCCAGCUAUCCCGCCGUGUUUACCUCGUCGCAACCGCCAUGGACUCACUCAACAACGUGGCCCUGCGCCCAUGGCCAGCCCCAAAGAAGGAGGAGCUGACGCAGGACGAUUUGCUGUUCAAGAUCGAGCAGCUAGCCAGUGAACGGGGACAUUUGCGCAACAUCACGGAACAGUCGCUCCAAGAAGACAUCGACGCGGGCAAACAUGUACCAGCCGAUGCUGAGGAAGGAGCAAAGGACGAGAAGAAGGACAAGGAAGUGCCAUCUCGACAGGAACAGCUGGAGAAGGUCUUCAAGGCAGGACAGGAAAUGUACAGCCAUCUGGAAUGGGCCAAGUUCGCUGCUACCAACGCGCUCGAUCUCGUCUCGCUCGUACUCUCUCAAGACCCCAACAAGCGCAGCCUGAACUUUUUCAGCCCUACUUUUCGCGAUCAAGGCCUGAACCAGGGCAUACCACUCGGCUCCUUCGGCAUCAGCAAGGAGAACCAUGAACACCGUACUCGUAAAGUGGAAGAACAGCACCGUCUCCAAGACCUGGCAUCCAAGCAAGAGGCAGCGGCUCAAGGCGCACGCAUGGGAGCACUGGAUUCGUCGGUAGACGAGAUACUAAAGGCCGCAAAACACCUGGAGAAAGAGAUACGCCGCGAGACAAAAUACUGGCAUGAGAUUGUGUCCGUCUCUGACAAAGGGUGGCCCAUUCAGCGACUACGCCAGAACGUGCGCCAUGCGCCUUUUGCUGUGCGAUAUGGACUUCCCGAAGCUAGCGACCAUUUCAAGGCCCGUGGAUUCGCACCUCUCCAGAUGGACAAAGAUGGAAGUAUCAUACUAGAUCCAGCUCUUGCGUUGAAGCCUAAAACAUUUCGCGUGCGAGUCAGCAUCGACGGCAAGAUUACAGGUACAUCACAAAUCCCUGUCGACGGCGAUUUUGCAACCCGGUCUCUCGAGAAGUCAAUUCAACUUGCGCGUGACUCCCUACUCGAGGAAGAACUGUAUUAUGAAAUGAGCUUGGAGACGAGGCAGCUCUUGGCGUAUGGUGUCGCAUUUCGGGACUCAGUCAUCCACAUAGAUGCGCCCCAAAUGGGUAGUGCAUUCCAGGACCGAAAGUUGCUCAUUGAUUGCAUACCUCGAGACGAUCCUAUAGCGAGCAACGAAGGUCAUGAGCACGACUGGCUCGCUCGCAAUAUCGCUGAAGCGCUUCGCUUGCUCCUCGCUCAUGAGCACAGCAUGCGUCUACACCGGAGAUCGCAGCUUCCACCUCCAUUGACCGGCCAGACACGGGAGAAGCUACCACCGCCUCUACUGCGUACGCUUCUCGCAAUACUUAACCACAUCGCUGGUGUUGACUCACUCUAUGCUUACCUCGAUUUGGUCACAAAGACUCUGAAGGGUGCAGGCCUUGAUGCGACACUGGAGACCACGCGUGAGACAUCCUGGGCGAACCUCGUAGAGAGCCUAAAAACGACGUCAAGAAAGGGUCUGUCUGCAACCGACCAGCUGCUCGAAAUUUUCAUGAAGCCUUUCGAUGGGAAAGCUACAUUGACCCUCCCCACCUCCAACAGUGCACAGCCGGAAAAUCUCAUCGUUGUCACACGCACGAUCAUCGGUCAACCGACUUUUGGCACAGAGCACAAGCUUACACUUCCAUCCACUUUGACUUCCGAUAUCGGAUUGUUCCAGCAACACAAGUUUGAUAGUGUUACAGAGUUGAAGUCAUAUCUCGACUGGAUUCUCUCCCUGCAUAUUGCGCAUAGACUUCUGAAGGGUGAGUAUGCUUCACGCGCGCAAACGAGAACCCAGGAUCCACGGCUCUCGAUUCGAACUAAGGACAGUAAGAAAGGCACGAAGCUCACCAAGGAUAUCAAAGUCGAUUUCAAUGAUGGGGAAUUGAAGGUUACUGCUCUGGCUGUCGAUACCAUAGCAGAAUCAGGAGACAGUGAGCAAUCGCAUGUUUGGAGCGGAGCUGCUGGUAGUACAUCUUUGAAAGAAGUUGUGCAAGAGUGGGUUGGCUAAACAUUAUCGUGGAAAGGAUCGUGAAAUAGAGAGAAUUAAAGACCUUUCCAAUCCGCAAGGAUCCAUGUCAACCACGGCACUCUUUCCGCUCACGAAGUGCUGGUGCGCCAAAUGGUAUUGCAUCACAAAAGCGGGGAAAUGCACCGUCGAUCCUGAGCCGUAAGCGGGUAGCUUCCCUAUAUGCAGCCUCAAAGAUCAUCCAUACCUAGGUAGUUGCUCGAUUUUAUCCUGGUACCUGACAUGUACAUGACGUGAAGACUAGCAAUGCCCAGAUGUCCAGGUACCGUCUGAGG